CCCACACACCGCCCCCGGUAGGAGCGACCCGGGAGCUGCGGCCGCUCCUCCGCCUCCACCGCCUGCAGUCCCUCCCCGCGGCGCCCGCAGCCUUCCCGGGCUCCCCCGAGCGCAGCCAACCCGAUGGCGUCCGCUACUGCCGUGCCUGUAGGAUUUCACUAUGAAACCAAAUACGUAGUGCUCAGCUACCUGGGCCUUUUAGCACACCAGAAGCCACAGGAGCAUCCUCCUCCUCCUCCAACUCAAGGGACUCAACAACAGCUUAUGGCACAACAUGCUCUGGAGAAAGAAGCUUUGGAGAAGAUUAAAAUAGAAAUCGAGGAGGAGCUAAAACGUCUUGAUGAAGAAAUCUUGGAAGCAUUUACCACCACAGGGUUUGACUGCCACACUUCCCCAGUGUUCAGCCCUGCCAAUCCAGAGAGCUCAAUAGAAGACUGCCUGGCUCAUCUGGGGGAGAAAGUGUCCCAGGAGCUGAAGGAACAUCUGCACAAAGCACUGCAGAGCUUGCUUAGCAAGCCGGUGACGUAUCAGGAGUAUCGGGAGCGCACGCAGGAGGCAGCUGCUCAUGCCAGUGGAUGGAACAAGGUCUUGGUGCCCCUGGUUCUGUUACAACAAUUUCUGAUGGAGCUGACCAGACGGGGCCAGGAACCACUGAGUGCCCUUGUGAACUUCGGGGUGACAUAUCUAGAAGAUUAUUCUGCAGAUUAUAUCAUUCAACAAGGAGGAUGGGGAACGGUCUUCACUUUGGAAUCGGAAGAGGAGGAGUAUCCGGGGCUCAUUGCGGAGGACAGCAAUGACAUCUACAUCCUGACCAGCGACAACUCGGGGCAGGUGAGCCCCCCGGAGUCGCCCACGGUGACCACGUCGUGGCAGUCCGAGAGCCUGCCCGUGUCGCUGUCGGCCAGCCAGAGCUGGCACACCGAGAGCCUGCCCGUGUCCCUGGGACCAGAGUCCUGGCAGCAGGUGGCCAUGGAUCCCGAAGAGGUCAAAAGCCUGGACAGCAACGGAGGGGCUGAAGAGAGGAGCGAGAACAACUCCUCCAACUCCGACAUCGUUCACGUGGAGAAGGAAGAGAUCCCAGAGGGGAUCGAGGAAGCCGGCGCUGCGGAGACGGCGCAGGCAGCGUUCCCAGAAACCUCUGCUUCUUCACAGGAGAUAAAACCUCCCGAAAUUGCCGCUGCUGAGAAAGCGCAUCCCUCGCUUCUGCGUACGAAACAGGAGGAAAAGGGAAAAGCGGCCCAAGAGCUCGUUCAGCCUGAAAUCCCCGUCUUAAGUAAACCUGUCCCAAAGUCGGCCCCAUCAGAAGAAAAGGCUGCGCCAGAACCGGAGAAAAUACUGCUUCCAGGGGAAAAAAAAGCGGGGAAGGAGGGCCACUUGGAAGAAAGAGAGGAGAAGCCCUCAGCUGCAGAGGAGAAGCCUAUCCUCUUGCCGGAAGGGAAAUCUAUACUGCUGUACGGCGGGGCUGCCGCCGUCGCUAUCCUGGCUGUGGCGGUCGGAGUAGCGCUGGCGCUGAGGAAAAAGUAACGGAGCUCUCGUGACGGGGAGGGGGGAGAGGAGAGAGCGCAUCCGGUUCUUGUAGUUGUGUUACCUAAAGGUUGAGCUGCCUGCUGUUCAAUUGGACAUUCGAGUAACUCGGUGGUGAUGAGGUGAGGUUGUUCAAGAAGCCUCCAGCUACGGACAAUCAUGUUUUUAGUAGAAACGGGGCGGGGACUGCUUUUUUCGUGAUUAAAGUCCGGGGGGUAUUUUUAAAAAAAAAAAGGAAAAAAAAAAAAAAAAAAAGCUGCAAAUUUAAGAACUUAAAGUGCAGGUGCUGAAGAAAGGGGUGCUCAUACUCUAGGAACUGGAACAGAGAAUCCCCAGGGGAAGGGGAGAGCCAGCUGCUGCCAACCCCUGGAGAUUUUGGCUUCUCAGAUCGACCGCUAUUGCAGCUGUGCUGUCGCGUCACUUCCCGUUGCGCCCCCGAGCCCCUCCUAACAAACAUUAGCCAACCUGAGUCCUGUAGCGAGAGGCUGGUGUCCCUUUGUCUCAGCUUCCUCUCAGGUACAGCACUGCUCCUCAUAACCUUCCAGGUUCCUCCCAAGCCCCAGUGGGACAGUGCUUUUUCUUACCUCUUGGCUCACACUGGUUUUGGCCCCUGACGUUUACUGGAGCCCCAUCCUGUGAAGAUGCUGCCUCUCUAUAGCUGUAUUAUCUCUGAGCAUCCUGGUGUUCCUGGGGCAGAGCUGCUGCCCAGGAGGGUGGGAGGGACACUGCUGUUUGCUGGUUUGAGAAUCCAUUUGCUCCGCUCCUGCCCAGCCCACUGUCCUGCAGACCCUUGAGUUACCAGAGGUACGAAACUGAUGCUGGACUCGGUGCCCUUGGGAUCAGUGCUCUGAGAUCUGGGGUGCAUUCAGCAAAAAUACAGCAGAGCCUUGUGCAGGCAAGGCCAGUGCCUCAAGUGCAAUUCACGAAACGCUCUGCUGUCUGUGUCACGCUGCAGUCUGCAUUCUCUUUCCCAAGUUAAGCACAGAGUGUAUUUAGUCCUAACUCGCUCUUGCCUGUGACAGAAUCCCAGAUACAUAAAGCAAUGGAUUCUAGUAACUGAGCAAAAGAGCAUGAAACAUCUCCAGCUGCUUGUUCCUCACCUGGCCCCGAGUGCUGUUCAGCUCGAGUUCUUUAGCAGCUGUGAAUCUGCAGUUAGCUAAACUUACAGGUUCACAAACGAUGAGCAAUUUACUUUGGCAAAAAAAGGAAAUCCCCCUUCCUGCAGUCACGACACUUUAGAGGUGUGUGUGCAGAGAAGCCUUUCAGGUGUUGCCCUGCUCCUUAGUGGGAUCCAGCUGCAGUUCCUCUUUCAGCACACGGUGUGUGUCUGUCCUUGUCUGUGGGCUGCCCCUUGGGCUUCCCGGGCAGAACUGUGGCUGCAUCUCUGAGGGUUGGUGCUGGCACUGUGGCUUAGAGCAGAUGGAGGAGGGCAAAAGGGAACUCGUGAUAAUGUAAAAAAUGAAACAGCAGCUUACGGGAGUCUUCGCAAAGCACAAAGACAAGGUACUUCUCUUCCUAAAUAACCAGAGUACAUCUCCUGAUGAGCCUGUUUCUUAAGGGAUCUCAGAAUGAAGGGAUCUUAGCAUAUUCUCUAUUUUAGAAUAUUCUUGCUGCAUUUUCCUAUCCCAGAAUGCUGGAAAGUUAGUCAGAAUGUGUCAGAUUCUGAGGAAUUAUUUUUGUGUAAGCUUUUGUGAAAUGGAUUUUCUAGAAAACUUACUGGAUUUUGAACUGUGUGUGUGUGUGUGGAGUUGAAUAUUGAGAGGAAGGGUUGUGUAUAUACUGCCGCUGUGGACUGAACUUGGGAGUUCUGGAGUUCUGAACAGUACUAUUGAUCAUUGAUUGCUCUUCUUCCAUGUACAAAAACAUAGCAGGUUGGCCUUAUCAGAAAAAAAAAAAAAUCCCAAAUCUUUUAUCACAUUGCAAAGUGGAAUUGACUUUUUUUCUGCCACUUUCUGGUGCCCUGCUGGUACUCACUGCUGCGCUGUGUCCCCAGGAGGGUCACUGGGAGCUCCUCCUGCCCCGCACUCUGGUGUCUGUCUGCCUUCAGCUCCCUGUCCCGGCCCCUUGCAGGAGCUUCCCCCAGGUGGAGCAGAGGUCUCUUCACGCUCCAUCUCUCACAGACACGCAGGAACACUUGGGUUUGGUUUCAGCUCUGUGUUUGUCAGGAGCUGGUACAAAGGCAGCGUUGUUGCUGGGUCAGUCGGGGCGGGGCUGCCCCUCUGCUGCUUUGCUGAUGGCUUUGGGUUCUUCUCCGUGGGAGAGAACUGCUCUUAGCCUACAUCCCCUCUUACUGAAGACAACAAACCUGCUUCUGGUGCAUCCCCAGCUCCAGCCACACAGCAGGUUCCUCUGAAGCAGAGAUGGAUUCUGGGCACGCUCUGGAUAACUUGUGUGCCAGCAGAGGAAGGAUGGAGGCAGGGCUGGUGUGACUUCAUCUUCUCUGUGGAUGAGGUUGUCUCAGUAGUGGCGUGGAGAUGGGUAGAGAAGACAGACAAGAAUAAAUCCAGGCUGGUGAGGGAAGAAGUUCCAAACUUACUGCCACAAGGAGCCCAAAAAUAAAAAGCUUCCACACCGAGCAGUGAGAAGGUGGCAGCAGUAGUAAGGAAAAUAAAUGACUUGGGCAUUUUCGUGGUCAGGCAGAAGCCUUGAUUUUCUGGUGUUACUGCGUCUCAUGGAGCAUCAGUUGCACCCUAUGUUUUGGUUGCUUGGCCUUUUCUUCAUGUUCUUCUCCUUCUGGGGUCUUUCAGAUUUGGCAAGUCAGCGAGAAUUUGAACUGACCACACAUUCAGAAAAUUUACUGGAUCUCUUUCCUCUGGGAACACUGCACCAGUUGAAAAGGUCAGCUGUGGGGUUGAGUUCUGCAGUUUGGAGUCCUGUGGUCAGAGCUGGGAUCACCAGAGUGGUAAGCUCAGAUGGCAGCAUUCCUACAGACCUGAGCGAGAGGCUGCUCUGUUACGAGGUGUGAAUUAGAAAAUGGAAGGUUUCUCCCCACCAUCGUCAAGUAUAUUACAGUAAUCUUAAAGUGCAGGGUCCAAUUACGCUGAAAGGUGUGAUGCAGCCUCUCUUUGGUGGAUCCCUCACAGCUGGCAGAGGAAGGCAGGAGCUGUAACACUUGCUAAAGGGCAUGUAGAAUUACUUACACUUGUGCUCUCAUCCCCUUCCCAGAAGUGCCUCAAUACCUGUGCUCGAGUGGCCUGUACUUUAACAAAAUAUCUACCUUAGACCCAUUCUGUCUUCACUUUAUCCUUAGCAUACCCUAAACAGCAGAGGACUGGAUGUGUGAAAAAAGUGGGAAAUCCUUAAGGAACUGCAGUGGGCAGCACACUCAGUAAGGAGCUGUUAGGGGAAGGGCUUUCAAGAAAGGUAAGGUGCAACUUAAAUUCAGCCAUGCUUAAUUCUAAGCUGUGCUUAGCUGGGCAUUGUGUUGGGAGCUGGGCAAGGACUUUAUUCAGCUGGCACUGCAGGAACAAGAGGCUGAGAGCAGACACAAUUCCUCUGUUGGCCAAAAGCCCAAAGUGCAGGUGCAGAGCCCUGUCGCAGCUCUUGUGUGCUGGGUGCAGCCUGGUGGGCUCCUGAGUCCCUGGAGCUUCAGGAGAUCCAGGCUGGGGGGAAGUUGGUACUACAGGAAUCAGCCUGGAGAGGAGGCGGCUCAGGGGAGACCUCGUCACUCUGCAAGUCCCUGCCAGGAGGGAGCAGCCGGGUGGGGAUCGGGCUCUGCUGCCAGGGAACAGCGACAGGACAAGAGGACACAGCCUGAGGCUGUGCCAGGGGAGGUUUAGUUUGGACAUUAGGAAGAAGUUCUUCACAGAAAGGUGAGUGGACAUUGGAAUGGGCUGCCCAGGGAGCUGGUGGAGUCACCAUCCCUGGAGAGGAUUGGAAAGGCUGCAUGUGACACUCGGUGCCACAGUCUGGUGGGCAAGGUGGUGUUUGGUCACAGGCUGGACUCGAUCUCAAAGGUCUUUUCCAAACCUAGAUGAUUCUGUGAAACACUGGAGGGGUGAGGCACAAUAUCUGCUCUAGCUAUUGAGGGCAAGAAGCUGUGCAUGACUUUAAUUUGGCUUGGACUGCUUAAUUUCAGUACGAGGGAGGUUGCAAGAACAAGCAUUACUUUGACUUCAUGUAUGUACCUGUGCUUAGCUCGGUAUUGCCAUAACAAAAAAAAGGGGGGGAGAGGAGAGGGUGUUUAUAACAUUUAGCCAGCACUACGUGACUCGGGUAGAGCUCUCAGGCCCGGAGGGAGCAGCAGGGCCAGGUUUAGGCAACAGGACUCAGUGUGUGUGUGAUACAGGGAAGGGACCUGACCAGGACUUGGCUGGGGAGCGACACCAGCUCGGAAGGGGCAGUAGCACCGAGUCCAGGGGAACCACAACACAUCACUCAGCUCCACCUCCUUAAUUAAAUAACUCCAUCGCUUUUUUCCUACUUGGAGCUGACUCUCAGUCUCCUGGGGAGGCUGACUCGCUUCCUCCAGGCUAGAGGUCUGGGGUCAUGUGUAGAGUGGGGGAGCUCCUGUUGGCUUCCAGUGGAAGCUGCCUUUGAUCUCCCUGCAGUAUCUGCAGGGCAGGCAAGGGACGCUGUGGAUGUGGACACAAGCAGAGGAUGCAUCUGACUGCUGUACCUUCAGGGGCUUUGUCCUCCAUUUUAACUUGCAGGAUAAGCUUUUAUUUAAGUACAAACCUAAAAACCCUCAGACCAAAAGAAUGCCACUUGAUUUGUUAAGUAGCAAAGACUAAUGGGACUGACUCUGAAGCUGCAGGUCAGGGGAUCUCUUCUGCUGGCUCUAAACAAAUAAGGACAGACUUGCAGGGAUUUUGGAUUCUGUUCUCAAGAGGCUUCUCUGGGGGAAGAGAGACCCUGCCUGGUCCUCAGGUCGCCCCUUAUCCCAGGAACUCGUCAUCAUACUGUUCCUUCCAAUAUGCAAGUGCAGCCCUCUUGGGAAAAUCUGUCUAAAGCUUCUUGUGCCAUUUGGUUUAAUAAAAGGGUUUCCACCUUGACAAGAAAGUUCUUUCCAGCUUCAUUGUUCAAUAUUCACUUCAAGUGAAGGGGUAUGUACAUUUUUUCCCUCUGCUAACGGGACACUGCUGUAAGACCAUGCCCCCAGGUUGCACUUUAAUAAAUGGUACAGUUUUCAAAA